AGAAUAUAGAUUUACGUGGUCACAAUAAUGUAAUCGAAUAUUCAAAUGAAGAUGAACACGACUUAGAAACUACAAAAAAUCAAGAUUUUUACAACGAAAUGGGGCAGUCAUUUGGAAAAAUUAAAAAAGUCAUUGAACGAUUGUUAGUUAUACCUGUAAGUUCAGCACCGGCCGAAAGAAGUUUUUCAACAAUGAAAAGGAUAAAAACUUAUUUACGAACAUCUAUGUCUACUACACGUCUUCAUAAUUUAGCUCUAAUUUCUAUUGAGAGGGAGUUAAGUUUUGAAUUAAUUCAGGAUCUUACAAAGAUUGUUGACGAGUUUACUAAAUUGAAAAAUCGAAGAAUUCAAUUCACUAAAUAA